CGUUGCUUGGUCUGUGGUCAGACAUCAUCGCUGGUCGAGCGUGCUGAAGGUCUCUCUGUUUUUACCAGGCAUUAACCAUCCACCUGCUAUGCAAAUACACAAAGAGAUACACACACCUCCCGCACGCUACUUACUGGACUCAUAUACAAAGUUCUGGGAGAUUUGCAUUCAGACCUCACAGCGGAAAUUUUCCUGAUGAACUCAAGACCGCAUUCAUCAUGAGUUUAUUUGGGAAGCUAAAAACAUCUGUACUACACAGUGGACCACCUGCCCCACCCAGGAGAACAGAUAAUAGUUCUGGAUACGGCUGGCCAGAAGAGGAAUUUGAUGAUGGAGAAGGAGAUACGUAUGAGCCUCCACCAUGUGAACUUCUUCCUUCAAAGGUCCAACCUCGUCAAAUAGAGGAAAACGUUUACCUGGGUUGUCCAGACAGAACCCCAAACCCUUUUAUUUCCAAACGUCAGGCAGCGCCACCGCCACGACCCGCCAAGGUGCCGCAUGCAGGCAAAAGCACGAAGCCAGAACCACCACAUGACCCAGAAGAGUUUUACAUUGACCCCAAUAAUAGCAAACCUCCUGAGGUAAUACGAAAGGACAAACCUGGUAGAAAGGCUCAGUGUAAGAAACCCAUGGGCCCUCCACCGACAGUACCACAGGAUGAAGAUGUUUACUUAGACCCAAAUGAAGGCCAGGAUGAUGACACAUAUCUGGAACCUGUCGCAGACUUCCCUCCUGUACCCCGAAGCCCUGCUCGUAUGUCAGCGAUCCCUAAAAGUGUCGUGCGAGACCCUCCACCACCAAUCAUGAAACCACCUGUUCCCAGAGCCAAGUCUAGUUCACUUCUGAGCGGCGAUGGCCUGAAUAAAGUUCUACCGUCAGAGAUGAAACGCUCCACAAUUUCAGGCCAGCUGCCCCCUGCUGUACCGACUCAUAAACCGGCUCCUCCCAUCCAUAUCAUGAAAGAACCCAAACCCAGCCCCCCUUUACCUCCAAGUAUGGACUCCGCAGCGCCCUCUUUUGGAAUGAAACCCACCACACAAGGUUUUGCACAGGAGGCGGGGCUUCAGGACAGGCAGUGGUUUGCUGGGAUUUGUGAACGCAAGACUGCAGAGGAAACAGUUCUCAGGUUAAAUAAGGACGGCACAUUUCUCGUCAGGUGCAGUAAUUCUAAGAAUGAAGGUCAACCCUACACGCUGGUCGUCCUCUUUCAUGACAACGUCUAUAACAUACCCGUUCGGUUUCUGGAGGACUCUCAGGUCUACGCAUUGGGGAAAGAGGGAAAGAAGUCAGAAGAACUGUUUGGCAGUUUACAGGAGAUGAUCUCACAUCAUAUGAAAAAUCCCAUUUUGUUGAUUGACCGUAAGAAUCAGUCGAAACACUCAACCUACCUCUUACACCCUGUACAGCCCUAAUGUCUUCAUCAGCUCUCUCACUCACCCCCUCUCUCUCUCUCUCUCUCUCUCUCUCUAGUCUGACCCUAACACACAUAUACUGUAUAUGAUCCAAAACACUUUAAUUAUUUAUAAGAUGACAUUUGUACUAUAUACUUUCCUUAAUAUCUUUUGAAUUUAGUAUAUUUCAUUAAUGUUUUUUAGUUUUAAUGACAGUUACAGUAUAUAUAUGUCAUAGUUAUUAAAUAAAUGCACUGGUGUUGGUGUAAAAUUGUUUGAAUAAAAGAAAAUCAAAAAUGUCA